CCCCCCCCAAAAAAAAAAUCCUCCCUUGACGCUCCUCGGCAAUCUGACAAUCCCCCUCGAUCGGCGAGGCUGCAACGGGCGCAGGACUCAAUUCGGCGGCUUCUCCUUGAAAAAUGUUGCAGAGCAAGCAAGCAGAGGAAUCCUUUGUACCAUUGUUUUGUGGUCUUCCCGAUGACCUCUCCCUUCUUUGCUUGGCUAAAGUUCCCCGUCGCUACCAUCAUGUUCUUAGAUGUGUUUCAAAGAGAUGGAGAGCCUUUCUAUCAAGUGAAGAAUGGCAUUUUUGUCGUGGGAAGUACAGUUUAGAGGAGGCUUGGAUAUACGCCAUGUGUAGAGACAAAUGUGGACACAACUGCCUGUACGUAUUGGAUCCAGAAAGGCAUAGCUGGAAACACAUCGAUACCAUCCCAUCUGCAUGCUUAAAGAGGCUGGGCAUGUCAUUUGAAGCUUCAGGAAAGAAACUUUAUCUAUUGGGUGGUGGUGACGGCUGGGAUAAAGAUUGUGCAGAUGAUGUUUUUUGCUAUGAUCCUUCUGCAGAGAGGUGGAAAGAAGCUGCUAGAAUGCCUACUGAUAGGUGCUUCUUUCUGUCUGCAGCUGUGGACAACAAAAUCUUUGUCACAGCUGGCACAGGAUCAGGCUCUCCGACUAAACUCAAAGAAUGGGAUAUCUACGACCCAAUAUCUAAUAGCUGGAGAUCCGAAAGUAAUCCAAUGCCCAUUUCAGACCGUUUGAAAUCCACUUGUUUCAAUGGCAAAAUAUAUACCUUCCACAAAACAUGGUACAACAAAAUAUAUGCCAGAGUCUAUGAUCCGCUAAGCAAAAAAUGGGAAGAUAUCCACAAAGAAAUUGCGUCGUGCCAAUUUGGGCCAAUGGUAAUAGUCGAUGGAACUUUAUACAUGUUGGAUGAGACUUCGGGGACAAGGCUAAUGAUUUGGGAUCAGGAAUAUCAACUCUGGGUCCCACUUGCUCGGCUCUCCUUGCAGCUGACUAGACCUCCGUGCCAGCUGGCAGCCAUCGGCAGGAAAAUUUUUAUUAUUGGUACAGGGCUGAGUACUGUGGUGGUUGACGUGGAUAUGGCUGUGAAUGCUAGGGGGAUAUUGGUGACCUCUUCGUUUGCUCCUCGUGAUGUUGAUAAUGUUGAUAUUGUUGGUUGUAAGGCCAUUGCCAUUUAGACUUCAGCUCGUGAAAGACUCAAAACUUCCUCAGGAGAUGGUUCUAUUGUUGUCUGAUGACAAGCAGCCGAAGUGAUAAUGUGUACCUAUGAGUAGUUACAAGUAAAAAGAAUCUCUUAUGG